UCUUCCGCAUUUUAAAUAACAAAUUUGAUGAUGGAAAAUGGUUGAAUCUAUAGUAAAGUCUGCACCAAACUAAAAGAAACUUGGAUAUCCUUAAAGGGCGUUGGGACCAUCUUCCGGGUGAAGGAUUUGGGUAAAUCACUCUCAUUUUUAAGCCUGAUACCUUUGCAUAGCGUUGAGACUACGGAAAGUCGUCGAUUUUCUCUCCGGGCAGGUCUAGCUAUUAAAAAUAAAAAAUACUUAAUUUUACAUUUUUUAAAUUUUCGGUUCUUGCGUUGUCGUUUCAUGAGUUUGGGAAUUCAAAUUUUGCGGAGGGAUUUAAAGAGAAAUUGGGGAAAUCGUCUGGGAAUGUUGAAUACCGAUUUUCGUGACGUGGGAUUGGGAGAGAGGCUCGAGGUGCUCAUUAAUUCUGAUUUUUGUCUCGUCUUUAUACUCGUGGGGACGUUUUUAUUUCGAAAAUAUGGGAUAAACAGUAGAAUAUACCCCAUUAGCCACUCAAACAAUCUCAUAAUUUAUAUCGACCACAACAAACCGAAAUAUUCAAAACGAAGUGAAUGAAAUCCUCUUAAAAUCGACAGCCAAACGCAGUCCACCUAAUCACCGUCUUCACGCUUCUCCAGAUAAACCCGAGGACACCUCCAGCUGAGCUUCACUAGUCUCUAAAUUCCCCAUCAACGCAACGUUUAUCCCGCUCUCCAGAUCCAAAGUUAAACGAUUUAAAAUUAAGAAAUGCUCAACUGAGUCAGCCCAGCCCAACGAUGUCUCUCACCCACCCAGCCUCGUCAAACCGAUAGCCAUAAUCGAAAAAUUCGAAGCAAAGUGCAAAAACCGGAGGAAAAUCUAACAAUCACCAGGACAUAACGCGGCAGGGUCUUCCCCACACUUGCUGAGCCUGUGAUGGAUGAAUGGGAGUGAGUAGGGCGCCUGAGCAGCAAAGGCGCGCAGUAGGUUGCAGCUGGUUGCCUCUGGAUGUCGAGGCAGUGUCACCGUCAACGUCAGUGGCAGUGAUGGCCCCUGCUCUGACGGAAGGUGGUCCUCAAAAGCCCUCCGACAUACUUCCAUUACCAUCUGGUGGUUUUCUAUCCCCAGAUAAGGCUGCGCAGGUCUGUAAUAAUCGCGCUGUACUAGCUAAAUUCGUGGUAACAGCCAACGUACAGCCAUCAAAAAUUGAUGAACAGUGCCUGCGCGGCAUAUCCAAGGAUUUAAUACGCGAUGUUAUCAAUUCAAACUACGAUAAUGGCAUUGAUUGUCUCACAAAGCACUGUGUACUUGACAGUGAUGACUUGAUAUCCAGUGAUUUUGAAAAGGACAUUGAUAUACUCAGAGUUGAGGAGGAUAAUUUUGAUAAACAUCACGUUGACUUGGAUGUUGUUAAACGUCCCUGUCACAAGGAUAACAAAGUGUCUGAGGUUAGUGACGCUAUAAUGAGCGAGACAUCUGUUGGUGAUAACGACGAGAUGGGAUUUAUCAAGACUGGUGAUAUUGUACCUAUUGUUGGGCCCAUUAUCAAUGCUGAGGAGAAGGUCAUUGACGACAGUAUCAUGGAGAUCAAUCCUGACAUUGGUGAUAAUGUUGUGGGUGAUAUACCCCAGAAUGUUGACGAUAUACUCGAUGUUAUACAGUCGAUUGAGGGGGAGCAGAUCAGUGGUGGGGGCAGUGGGAGCUCUGGGACACCUGGAAUGUUCAACAUGACGCAGGGCUUCUCGUCGCUGCCUGAUCUGCUCAAUGACGUUGAUGUCGAUGUUAUGGGCUUGGUGAAUGAUAAUAUUGGCAUUAAUCUGGGGCAUUUGAGUAUUCCUGAGGCCGAGGAGUCGGUGGAGGCCCAGAGGGAGCACCUCCUGGGGGGCAAGCAGGAGAGUGUCGAGCACAAGAGCUUCGAGCAGGACAGGAGGACUGCUUUCUUGAUGAGGAGACUGAGGAAACUCCAGGCCAGAACCAUUGGGAGGCACAUUGCUGAGGAGAGCACUGGGGUACUCGAGCUCGCUCAUCACAGUGUUAAGAAGUACUUUCUGCAGGAGAUUCAGAACAUCAGUGGGGCCAAGGGAACGCCCAGGAGUCUACCCCAAAUACCUGAGGAUUUGAAUUCUUUUAUCAAGAGUCUGGAGAAAUCCUGUGCUGCACAGAGUAAUACUGUUACUGCACACUGCAACAGGCAGAAGAAUUACUGCAGGUACUUUGGGGCUGGCUCCAGGGAUGUGGGCAUUGCUGGGACAUCUGGGGGGAGUAGACACUCGCCUUUUAGUUCGGCUCAUGUGAAACUCAAUAGUGAACAAGUGGAAAAUGUUGCUGGAUCUCUUGCUACGCAGUUGCACACUGUGGAGGGACAUCUUGACUCGGAUUGCACUGCCUCCAGCAGUGGCGGUGAGAGCUGUGAUGAGAUGCAGAAUUAUAAUAAUCUUCAUCAACAACAAUUGCCUAUAUCUAAAAGAGCAGGCUGGAAGUACGCCCAGGAUCGUGCAGGCGUGGCAUCCCGAUGGACGUGGCUGCAGGCGCAGAUAUCAGACCUGGAGUACAAAAUUCGCCAGCACAACGAGCUGCAGCGCCAGAUGCGCCUGGCGAAGGGUCUGACCUACCUGGACAACUCCGAGACAGUGAACGGUUACAGUGGCGUCCUGCCAGGCUCCACGAGCCGCCACAGUACCGAUGCUGAAGGUCCAACGACCCCGCCAGCGAGUCGAACCCGUCCCUUCCUCUGGGACGUCUACAGAAAGCGAAAGCUGCUGAGGCUCGAGGGCCUGCACGAGUACUCGAAGCGCGCAGCAAGACCCUCGACCCUGCGCUGCGAUUGCGACGGAACCCUAGCCUCCUGCGCCAUUUGCACAGGCAGACGUGACCCAAUGCAGCCCCAGGAGCCCUUCGAACUGCUCUCAGUGCCCGAGAGAAUUGCCCUGGUCGAUCCCUGUUACCACCCAGUGCUCUCGUUCCCCGAGGACAUCACCCACAGCAUUCACUUCGAGGCGAUAAUGAAGACCAUCGAUUGGCAGCAGAAAAUCAUUCGUUCCAAUGCCCGAAGUGCCAGAAUGAAGGACAAGGAGCCCUCGGAGAGACGAAGCAAAGCCAAGUUACCAGAACAUCGGACCAAGUACACAGCCACAACGAGAAUCAAAAAGGCGUCGUCGACGUUACUCUCGGCGAGGAUCAAGAGGAAGAUGUUGAAGGGCAAGAGGGAGGCCACGGGCCAGGGCAAGGGCAUUCAGGGCAUCAGCAGGAAGAGGACACCCAAACUCUCACAUCCUGAGGACGAUGACGAUGUCAGUGCCCAGUCCAGCUCCAGUAAACACUCGUCACCAGUGCCUUCACCAUCCCAACAUCCCACUGCCACUGCUGAGAAAGUUCCAACCAAGGAGAGAAACUCAAAUUCACAGCCCAGACUCAGACGUAAUUCCUAUGACAUCGAUAAUAUUGUUAUACCGUACAGUGUUGCGGCUUCUGCUAGACUCGAGAAGCUACAGUAUAAGGAAAUUUUAACACCAAAGUGGAGGAUAUGUGGAGACCUAGCUAAAACGGAUGUGAAGAACGGUGUGAUGCACAGGCCUAGUCAAGACAGUGAUUUCGAGGAUAUGUCGGAGGAGACGAUUAUGCUGAGGCACGAGAGGAGCGAGCGGGAGGAGAGCAAACGCUUCAAGAGUUUGCUCAACAAACUGCCCAACAAUCGAAUUCGUCAUAAUCGUCGGGCAGACAGUAGAGCAGACAGCGGCGCAAAUACUCCAGAUCCAAUGUCACCACAUGCCAGUGAUUUCGGUGGUGAUGUGACAUCGCCGAUUACCUCCCCUCCGGCUACACCUUCUGGAGCACAAGACGCUGAACAUCACAAUACGAUGGAACAUCGCAACUCUACCCUGCAGAAUGCCAUUCGACGAAGAACCAAUUCCUCGUCGAUGAGGGCUGCUAAGGAAGAUGCUGCGAGCUCCAUUCACGAAGACGAAAAUGAAGUUACACCCUACGAGCCCCGGAUAUUCCCCCUCCCAGAGGAGCUGUACGAUAAGAUGCUCGAAGCAAUGCCGGCCGGCCACUGGCAGAACACAUCGUCAGCUCUGGCCCCUCCAGAGGAGGAGAAGAUUGAUGAGGAGGCAGAGAUGGAUCCAUCAGAAUCAGACACAACAGAGUCAGCCUACUGCGACGCAGACGGCGAAGACCCAAACGACCCGGAAUGGACAGAAGCGGACGACAGGGACGCUGAAAAAGAGAGAAUACGCUCGACGGCCAAAAGAUAGGAGCUAUUAAUAAUUAUCAAAAUAAUACUAAUAACUGUAACUGGCUGUCGUACGUGUUUUAAUGAAAACCCGUCUAUUAAUUAUUUUGGAUGGUAUUCCUGUCAAUUUGUUAUAUAUAGCUGUCGGUAAUGUGACAUGCACCCUAAGUUAAUAGUAUUACGAUUCUGUAAAGUGUAUUAUAAAUAUAAAUUUUAUAACAUCAUUUAAUCGCUUAUUAUCAAUUCGCAAGGAGGGAUGAAAAAAUUUAAACUGAAAUUACCUCAAGCGCUUAUUUUCUUGUGAAUAUGGAAGAGAAAAUUUUGAAAAUUAUAAAAAAAAUAAUAAUCAACACUUAGGGAGUUAUAAAAAAAUGUAAUUAAAAUUGUCGAGCAAAGCAGCGAAUGUUAAUUUAAUUGGAUUUAAUGCCGUCAUCUUUCUUCACUAGUAAAUGAAAUUUAAAACGCGUUUAGAGAACUUGUAUAUUAUGUACGCAUAAAGUUUUUUCAUUUUUAAUUCACAAUCCACUGUUUAAUUAGUCAGUUAAAUGCGAUUUUUCAAUCACUUGUAUUCCCUUCGCCCCCCCCCCAUCAUUUGUAAGUUUUUCGAAAAUAGGAAGUUAAAAUGUUCUCGAGAGCGUACGCUGAAUCUCACUGGUCGCAUUUGUUUUCAUCAGCUUUUUUCUUUUAUACAACAAAAAAAACAUAGGAACAAAAUGAAUGGAAAAGUGAAAUGUAUUUAUAUUUCGGACGAUUCAUCAAACACUGAAAUAAAAAAAAAAGUGCCAA